AUGGCGAAUUCAAUGGCUACGCUUUCGAGAAAACUCUAUCGAUCUCUUCUUCUCACCAACCCUAGAUUUUCUCAAGCUUCCAUGUCCUUCUGCACCAACAUCCCCUCCCGAGAAAACUCCGACAUUGACGAGUUAUCGGCUAACUCAGACACUGAAUCUCCCCUUGAAUCGAACGCUUCAGAUCCAACAUCUCGAAUUCCCGGAGAAGAUCGCGUGAUGGAAGAGCGUCCACUCGAGAACGGCCUUGACUCUGGCAUUUACAAGGCAAUUUUGGUAGGGCAAGUGGGUCAGCUUCCUUUGCAGAAGAAGCUGAAGAGUGGUAGAACAGUCACUCUCUUCUCUGUAGGAACUGGUGGGAUUAGGAACAAUCGGAGACCGAUGAUUAACGAAGACCCGAGAGAGUAUGCGAACCGGUCUGUAGUGCAGUGGCACCGUGUCUCUGUUUACCCUGAACGAUUGGCAGAUCUUGUGUUGAAGAAAGUUGAACCCGGCACAAUUAUCUACUUGGAGGGUCAUCUGGAGACGAAGAUUUUCACUGAUCCAGUCACUGGUUUAGUUCGACGAAUAAGAGAAGUCGCAAUUCGUAGAAAUGGCCGAGUUGUGUUCUUAGGAAAAGCCGGUGAUAUGCAGCAGCCAAGUUCUGCUGAGCUUAGAGGCGUUGGCUAUUACUGA